GGCUGAGUGAGUAUGGCUUUACAGACUCCACUGUUAUAGAUAUGACAACACACAGGUAAUAGUUAGUAAGAUGUCAACAGCAGGUCAGGUGAUCAGAUGCAAGGCAGCUGUUGCAUGGGAGCCUAGGAAGCCUCUGUCCAUUGAGAAUGUGGAUGUGGCCCCACCUAAGAGCCAUGAAGUCCGCAUCAAGGUUGUUGCCACGGGUGUCUGCUACACGGACUGGCAAAGUCUGUAUCAGACUGGAAAAGGGGGGAGGUUGAGACCAUUCCCGUUAGUACUCGGCCAUGAAGCAGCGGGGAUAGUGGAGAGCGUCGGGCCUGAAGUCACCAAAUUCGCACCGGGUGACAAAGUUAUUCCACUUUUUCUGCCACAGUGUGGGGAAUGUGAUCGAUGUCGGGGCCCUGAAAUGACCAGAUGCAGGAAGAAAUGGGCGAACACAGAAGUGGGUGUAAUGGCUGACGGCACAAGCAGGAUAUCUUGCAAUGGCCAGCAGGUGUACCAGUUCCUUGGCGUCAGCUCUUUCUCCCAGUACACUGUGGUUUCUGAUGCCUCACUUGCAAAAAUAGAAAGCGACGCACCGCUUGACAAAGUGUGUAUCCUGGGGUGUGGCGUCUCCACCGGUUAUGGUGCUGCUGUUAAUGCAUGCAAGGUUGCAAAAGACUCCUUGUGCGCCGUGUUUGGGCUCGGAGCUGUCGGACUGGCAGCCGUCAUGGGCUGCCAGGCCGCUAAGGCGAAAAGGAUCAUCGCGGUCGACUUCAACUCCGACAGGUUUGAGAAAGCCCUCAUGUUCGGAGCCACUGAGUGUAUCAACCCUCAAGAUAUCAGCAAGCCCAUCCAGGAGCAUCUGGUGGAGAUGACGGACGGAGGGGUGGACUACGCUAUGGAGUGUGAUGGAAGUCCAAAUUUUAUGAGUGCUGCGCUGGAGUCUACAAUAGACGGCUGGGGAACCUGCGUCAUUGUUGGGUGGACGGAGGAAGAAACAUUGAGCGUCAUGGUUGAAAAGAUUCUGAUGGGACGCACCUUGAAGGGGACUCAUUUUGGAGGUUGGAAUAGUGUCGAUGGUGUGAUUGAACUGGUGAAAGACUACAUGCAAGACAAGCUGAAGCUGGAUGAGUUCAUCGACCACAACCUCCCGCUGAACCAAAUCAAUGAGGCCUUUGAUUUAAUGGAGAGUGGGCAAAGCAUCCGUACUGUUAUCAGUCCGUGGUAAGAGGAAACUGCACCUUCAGUGACUACCAUAAUAAGAAGAAUUAACAUGGUCAUGAAGUGAAUAUAUUUUACAUGCAUGUCUGCAGUGUUUUUAUGAAAUUAUCUAAGCUCUUUUUCUUAAAAUAUAUUGACAACUACAAUGUUUUCCUUGCUUGACUUUGUAACAAAUGAGCACCUUGUCCACUAGAGGGCAGUCUUAUAUCAUGUAAAAAGCCUCUAUGUUUGCAUCCAUAAAUACCAUUUUAUACCAUUUAUAAAGACAUUGCUUUC